AUGAAGUGGAUCUCUCCUUUCUUCGCCGUCAUUGCUUUCCAGCUCAUUUCUGUCCUGGCCGCCCCAGCGACUGAAAUCGUCAAGCGGACUAGCACCAGCGAGUCAGCCUCAGUCGGUUAUGCUACCUUGAACGGAGGCACCACCGGAGGAGCUGGCGGCACUACCACCACUGUCACCACUCUCGCCGCCCUUACUUCUGCCGUUUCCGGUGACUCGGCCAAGAUCGUCAUCAUCAGUGGAACCAUUACAGGCAACACUGUCGUAAAGGUUGGCUCCAACACCUCAGUGCUCGGUGCCUCCGGCUCCCUCCUCAGCGGUGUCGGUCUUCGCGUCCUCGAAGAGUCGAACGUCAUCAUCCGCAACGUCAAGAUUCAAAAGGUACUCGCGGACGCUGGAGAUGCCAUCGGUAUCCAAGAAGCACACAAUGUCUGGGUUGACCACGUCGAUCUUUCUAGCGACUUGGACCACGACAAGGACUACUACUACGGUCUCCUUGACAUUACACACGGCUCCUAUGGCAUCACUGUGACCAACAGCAAGCUGUACAACCACUGGAAAGCUUCGCUCGUCGGACACUCUGACAGCAACGGGAGCGAGGAUGUCGCUCUCAGAGUCACCUUUGCUCUUAACUGGUGGCAGAACCUGAACUCCCGUGGUCCUUCCUUCCGUUUCGGCCAGGGCCACAUCUUCAACAACUACUAUGUUGACCUGAAUGACGGCAUCAACACCCGAGAUGAGGCACAACUCCUUAUCGAGAACAACGUUUUCACCGGCACUGAAGAUGCUAUCUACUCCACUGAUAGCGGCUACGCAGUUGCUUCUGGAAACGACCUUGGCGACGACGGCACGAAUACCGCUCCAACAGGAACCAUCUCUGCUUCAAGCCUCGGGUAUUCUUACACGCUCCUUGCCACCAACAAGGUUGCGUCGUACGUCCAGUCGAAUGCCGGCCAGACUCUUUCGUUCUAAAAGUCACGUCGUGGUAGAAAUAGUUGUUAGACUU